AUGCGCAGCCUUGCCCUGCUCGCGGGCUUGUCUCACCUGCGAGUCUCCUCCGUGCAGGUGGAGCAUCGCGGCGCGCUAAAACAUAGGCUGGAGCCCUUGGAAGCUCUUUCGGCCGAAGAGGAGCUGCUAGAUCCAGACGUGCAAGGCUCAAUAGCAGCUGCACUGGAGACUAUUGCCGAGGAUCAGAAGCUUGAUGACAAAGCUGUGUUCAUGCAGGACGGCAUGAGCAUCAAGAAAGAGGUGAUAUCUCAGGUGAAGCGUCAUUCUGCAUGGCAACUGGUGGCGGAGGACUUGGUGCAGAAGCGCUUCGGCAACUCCACGGCGGCUAGAGGUCUAAGGACGCUGCUGAGCGAGGCUGGAGCUGCCGAGGUGUCGAUGACGGACUGGCAGCACCUGGCCUUGGGCAUUGCUUCCCUGACGCCAAGAGACGUGUUGGCGAAGGAAGGCGGUCCUUCCCACGCCUUCCCGGCGCGGCACGUGGCCAUGUCCAAAGGGCCCCGCGAGGCGAAUGUGGAGUCGGACAUGGAGGACCGCUGGAACGAGUGGACCGUGAUUUGCGUAGCAGGGCUGCUUGGAAUCAUGGUGACAAGCAUCAUCACUGCAAAUAAGAGGAGCCAACCUGGAAAGAUCAGCCGCCUGCUGGAGCUCGAGACGCGCUGGAAGCUCACAGGCUCCAGCACGGCAGGCAGCCUCUCGCUGCUGCGGCAGGCCGCUGAGGCUCAGUCUGCAGAGCCUGCCAAGUACACUGAGGAUCUCAGCGUUUGGGACACCACAGUUGCGGUCUUCUCUUGCCUGGUUGGUACAGGCCUGCUGGCCAUGCCCUAUGCUUUUUCCCUAGCUGGUUUGAUCGGGGCACCAUUGGUGCUGCUUUUUGUCAUUUGCUCCGCAUACACGGCUCACCUCAUGGUGUGGGCCAUGCAGGCGGAGGCAGCCCGGCAAUGCAUACCUAGUGGUUCGCGUGUGCGGGCGGCGACAUUAGACUGGUCUGCCCUGGCGCACGCGGCUUUUGGACCAAAGGCGCGGAAAGCCGUAGAGAUGUUCCUCAUCGUGGAGCUUUGGGGUUACUUGCUGAGCACAAUAGUUUGCGCCUCGAUGAAUGUGUCGCAGCUGGGUUUGGCCACAGCCCCGGCGGUGGCGCUCAGCGUGUCCGGCGCGGCGCUGCUGACCUUCGUUCCAGCAAAGGUCUUGACGAAGGUCAAUGUUAUGUCGAAUUUGGUCUACAUCGCCAGCGCGCUGAUGUUCUUGGCCACUGGCUUGAUGCUGCCCAAGAAGGCUCCAACAUCUGAAAUCCAGAUGGUGAAGCCGCACGGCCUGCUGGCAGCUGCGGGGAUCCUGAUUUUUAGCCCAGCAGGCCACUCCUUCUAUCCACGGCUGAUCCAGCAGAUGGAGGAGCCCGCGAAAUUUCCUCGCUGCCUGAAACUAGCUUAUGCAGCGGCCUGUGCGGUGUACUUGCUCAUCGCGGUGCCAGGGUGCCGGUCUCGUUGGGCGACCGCUUGGCUUGAGGAGAGGAGCAUUUGCUUUGUGAGAGGACGGACUGAGCGAAUCUUUAACUGA